AUGGGUGUUGGGCGAUGGGAUGGUGGCUACUUGAGGAAUCUGGAUUACAGUACCCAGCACAGAGCCCUCAGCAUCCGACAGCCGCCCAGCACAGAGCCCUCAACUCCUGACAGGUGCUCAGCGCAGAGCCCUCAACCACAACAGGCGCCUAGCACAGAUACUUUAGUGCCUGAGAGAAACACCAGUCAGCACAGCCUCAACCCGGCCGAGGAGCCCAGCGUCCAGCAGAGAGCCCAGGGGGCGGUCAGCCGAGCCCGACCCGAGGAGUCCAACGUCCAGCAGAGAGCCCGGGGGGCGGUCAGCACGGCCCCAAUCCGACCUCAGGAGUCCAGUGUCCAGCGGAGGGCCCUGGGGGCACCACGCACCGCCCAGCCCGCGGCGGGCUCCCCUCUGUCUCGGGAUGGUCCGGCCUCGGCUCUGUCCGGCCCUGGCACCGUCCGUCCCCCGCACUGUCCGGCCCUGGCACUGUCCAGCCCCGCCUGUCCGGCCGUGGCACAGUCCGGCCCUGGCACUGUCCGUCCCCCGCACUGUCUGGCCCUGGCACUGUCCGGCCCUGUCCCGCACCCGGCUGUGCGGCUCCGGGCUCCUCGCCCUUAUUUAUGGUCCGUCCCGCUUCGGUCCACCCCGCUGCUGCCCCCGGCCCGCCCCCUGCCCGCCCCCCGGACUCUGACGCCGCCGGACCCGCCCCCACCACCGCAUCUCUGCCCCGCUUGCAGGGCGGGCUGGGGGCGGGCCCGGGUGGACAGGACCGUCCAGGGGGGGUGGGAGGGGACGGACCGGCUCCCUGACCCGCCCCCUCCCCCGUCCAUCCCUCGGACUCUCCGCACCUCCCCGGGCUCAGGACCCAGGACUUCGGAUCUGGACCAAAAGUCCGACCCACUCUUGGGUCCAGUCCCGGUCCCGCUGGGGUCCAGCGUCAGUCUGGCCCAAGUCCUCAAUCUGGCCCAAGUCCAGUCCUGGUCCACGCUCAGGUCCGGUUCCGGUCCGGUCCCGGUCGGGUCCAGCCUCAGUCUGGCCCAGGUCCGACCCACUCUUGGGUCCAGUCCGGUUCGGAACCGGCUCCGCUUCUGUCCCGGUCCAGCCGUCGGUGUGGCCCAGGUCCGUCCCCGGGGCGGUCCAGGCCGGUUGUCGGGCCCAGCGCCCCGCUCCGGGGGUCCCGGCGGGUCCCGGCGGGUCCCGGAUCCGGUCCGGCGGUGGGGGGCUCCUGCGGCGGGGGUCCGGCGGCGGUGGGGGGAUGCCGGCCGGGGUCCCUGGCUCGGGGUCCGUCCGUCAGACCGACCGACCGACCGACCGACCGACCGACCGACCGACCGAUCUGCCGGGGAGGCUCCGGCCGCAGCCAUCCCGCCGCCCGCCGCCAGGGGGCGCCCCAGGAUACCUACCCGGCGCCCCGCGCCCGGGACCUCCGACCCCGCAAAAACCCCCACCGACCCCCACCGCCUCCCACCGACCCCACAAAGACCUCCACCGACCCCAACCGCCUCCCGCCGCCCCCCCCCCCCCCAACGACCUCCCAAAGACACCCACGGCCCCUCACCGCCUCCCACCGACCCCCCACCGACCCCCACCUCCUCCCACCGACCCCACAAUGACCUCCACCGACCCCCAUCGACCCCAACCGCCUCCCACCGCCCCCCACCGACCCCCCAAAGACCCCCACAGACUCCCACUGCCUCCCACCGACCCCCCACCGACCCCACCGACCCCCACCGCUUCCCACCGACCCCCCAAAGACACCCACCGACCCCUACCGACCCCCACUGCCUCUCACCGACCCCCCCACCGACCCCCACCGCUUCCCACCGACCCCCCAAAGACAUCCACCGACGCCUACUGACCCCCACCGACCCCCACUGCCUCCCACCGAUCCCCCAAAGACUCCCACCACCCUCCACCGCCUCCCACCGACCCCGCAAAGACUCCCACCGCCCUCCACACGCCUCCCACCGACCCCCCAACGACCCCCAACGACCCCCUACGACCCUCACUGCCCCUCACCGACCCCCGACCCCCAACGACCCGCACCGACGCCCUCCACCCCGCAACGACGCCUCUCCGCCCCUCACCGACCCCCGACCCCCCCAACGACCCCCAAUGCCUCCCACCGAUCCCCUCCGACCCCCACCGUCCCCCCUCCAACCCCCACCGACCCGACUCGCACCGCCUACCCUCUUCAGGCUCCCCUGCACCACAUAA